UUGAGCCUUUUCGCACAUACUCUCUUUUAUUUUACAGUUGUUUCAAUAUCACGCAAAAAUGUGAAUGUGGCAUUGGUUCUGGCAUUUUUGUACAAAUUGGUGGAAGUGUUCGAGGAUUAUUUCAAAGAUGUUGAGGAGGAAUCGAUUCGGGAUAAUUUUGUGGUAAUUUAUGAGCUGCUCGAUGAAAUGAUGGAUUUUGGUUACCCGCAAACAACAGAAGGAAAAAUUUUGCAAGAGUUUAUAACACAAGAGGGCCAUAAGCUAGAGUCGGCACCGCGACCGCCAAUGGCUGUAACAAAUGCUGUUUCUUGGCGCUCUGAAGGUCUGAAAUAUCGUAAAAAUGAAGCUAACGGAAAUGGUACAGUACUGCGCAGUGAAAUUGUUGGUUCGGUGAAAAUGCGUGUUUAUUUGACGGGUAUGCCCGAACUGCGACUCGGUCUCAAUGACAAAAUUCUGUUUGAAAGUAGCGGA